AGUUUAAACAUGGCAACCCUGGGAUUCUUUACCAAGUACCUCGCUUAGUUCAACAGCUUCAGUAUACAUUUCAAACCACAGCAAUGGCGGAUGCAGCUCCAGCCCGUGGUCGUGGAGGUUUUGGUGAUCGUGGACGUGGUGGACGCGGAGGACGAGGUGGUCGUGGUCGUGGACGCGGUGGUCCAGGCCGUGGCCGCGGACGUGGAAAGGAAGGAGAGAAGGAGUGGGUUCCUGUCACCAAGCUUGGCCGUUUAGUCCGUGAUGGAAAGAUUCGCACCCUCGAAGAGAUCUACCUUUUCUCUCUCCCCAUCAAGGAGUUUGAAAUCAUCGAUUUCUUCCUUGGAACCGCUCUCAAGGAUGAGGUUUUGAAGAUCAUGCCUGUCCAGAAGCAAACUAGAGCUGGUCAGCGUACUCGCUUUAAGGCCUUUGUUGCUAUUGGUGACUACAAUGGUCACAUUGGUCUUGGAGUCAAGUGCUCAAAGGAAGUUGCCACUGCCAUUCGUGGAGCAAUCAUCAUGGCCAAGCUUUCUGUCGUACCCGUUCGUCGUGGCUACUGGGGUAACAAGAUCGGUAAACCCCAUACCGUCCCUUGCAAAGUUACCGGCAAGUGCGGCUCCGUCUUGGUGCGUUUGAUCCCUGGCCCUCGCGGUACCGGUAUCGUCUCAGCACCUGUCCCCAAGAAGCUGUUGCAAAUGGCUGGUAUUGAGGAUUGCUACACCGCUGCUCGUGGUAGCACUGGCACCCUUGGCAAUUUCGCUAAGGCAACUUACGCCGCCAUUGCCAAGACGUACGCCUACUUGACUCCCGAUUUGUGGACCGAAACUGUUUUCAAUAGCUCCCCGUACCAGGAACACAGCGACUACUUGAUGAAGAACCAUCGUCCUAUUGGUACUCAACGUCAAGAAGCUAAAGCCUAUUAAAAUAACUUUUUAUGCUUUGCAAUGUCGGCACCACAUCUCCGAUAACCGAAUACACCUUCUGUGAAUUCA